UGGCGUUCGACUACUUCCCUUGGGGACGUUUCCACGUAAUAUUUGUGUCGUUUUCUGUUCGUAUUUCUGUUGACAUUAAAAAACGAGGACAAUCAUUCAUCAGUGACAAUGAGCAGUCAAAUCAAAGAAUUUUAUAAUGGCCAAAAUAUACUUCUUACCGGAGGUACAGGAUACUUUGGUAAAAUGAUUAUUGCAAAACUAUUAAAAUCUACAGAGGUAAAAAACAUUUAUUUAAUUGUGCGAGCUAAAGAAGAAAUUGGGUUUGAUAAAAGAGUUGUGAUAAUGUUUCAAGAAGAGAUAUUUAGUAACACUAAUGAGCAGAUUUUUUUAAGUAAACUGCAUCCUAUCGAAGGUGACUUAAGAAAAGAAGGACUUGGAAUAUCGAAAGAAGAUGCGUUAUUUCUGAAGGAAAAUAUAAACGUGGUAUUCCAUUGCGGCGCCUCUCUCAACAUGGACGCCAAACUCGCCGACGCCGUAAUGACCAACGUUAAUGGCACGGCCGAAAUUUUGAACUUAAUGAAAGGAUCCCGGACGCUUAGGGCUUUUGUCCUCGUGUCGACCGCUUACUCCAACUGUAUGAACGAAAUAAUCGAGGAGAAAUUUUACGAGCCUCCCAUAGAUCCGAAAUUGUUGAUUAUGAUGGCGAAUAAUAUGAAAGCUGAGCUUUUGAACGAUAUAAGUUCGAGUGACAUCGACGGUAUCUGACCCGGUGCCAGGUUGGUCCGACAAUCUCUACGGGCCCUUGGGGAUUCUCUUAUCCUCCAAUUGCGGUAUCCUACGGGUUGUUCGAGGCAAA